AGCCAGUGACGACUGCUUGUUUGGUCCCAGCCUGCUGUCCUUUCUAUAGGCUAAUACUGUAGUAUGUAAAUAGAAUUAGUCUGGACUGUUACAGGCGGAUUCAGGUCCUGCCAAUAUAUAUAUAUAUUAGUAUCUAUUAUAUCUGAUUGCUUUGGUCAAUGUUAAAAACGGGAAUUCAACUGCAGCUAAUAAUUGGGGGGGGUGCUUGUGUUUUUAUUUGCCAACUCCCUGUGCUCUGAAAAGGAAGCUUGCAGCAAGAAACCACAAUGGAGCACAGUAAACAGGUCCGGGUUCUGCUGCUUAACGACAUGGAGAAGUUGGACAAGAGACUUUUCAGACUUGAACAAGGGUUCGAACUCCAGUUUAGACUUGGCCCCACUUUGCAAGGAAAAGAUGUCACCGUAUACUCAAACUACCCACUUCCCGGUAAUGUGUAUGAUCGGCAGACCUUCCAUCCUCUGCAGUGGCACAAUCCAACAGGUCGAGAGGAAGAUUCUGAUAAAUUCUGUAAACUGGACCUAAAAAUUGCAGGCUCAUUCCAGUACCAUUUUAUGCAGUGUGAACAGAAGAGCGGGGAGGGAUACAUUGUAGUAGAUCCAGUGCUCCGGGUUGGAGCUGAUAAUCGAGUGCUCCCUCUUGAUUGCAUUAUCCUUCAGACUUACCUGGCCAAGUGCUUGGGGCCAUUUCAUGAAUGGGAGGACAGCCUGAAGGUGGCAAAGGAGUCAGGUUACAACAUGUUACACUUCACCCCGCUACAGACACUUGGAGAAUCUCGUUCCUGUUAUUCUCUGGCUGACCAGCUGCAGCUAAAUCCUGACUUUUCCCGACCUGGGAAAGUAUAUAGUUGGGAUGAUGUUGGCAAACUGGUGGAGAAGAUGAGAAAAGAAUGGAAUAUGCUGAGUAUCACAGAUGUGGUGUAUAAUCACACAGCUGCCAAUAGCAAGUGGAUUCAGCAGCACCCAGAAUGUGGAUACAACCUUGUGAAUUCUCCUCACCUUAAGCCAGCAUGGCUACUCGAUCGGGCCCUAUGGCACCUGACUUGUGAUGUAGCUGAGGGAAAGUAUGCUGCAAGAGGGCUUCCAGCACUGAUUGAAACUGACCAGCAGCUCAAUAGCAUCCGUGGUAUUUUGUCGGAGGAAAUCUAUCCCAGAAUCAAGCUGUGGGAGUUCUACCAGGUUGAUGUUGACAAAGCAGUGAAACUGUUUAGAGCCCUGCUCACCUCAGGUGCACAGAAGAAAGGAAAUAAGUGUGAUCCUAAGCACUUGAUAACCAUUCAGGACCCCGAAUACAAAAGAUUUGGGUGCUCUGUUGAUAUGGACACAGCUCUCAACACAUUCAUACCACAAGGUAAUGACCCCUCUGCAGUUGAGGAAUGCUGCACCUGGUUCUGCAAGAGACUCGAGGAGCUGAACACAGAAAAACAUAGACAAAUGGACUUUCACCAUGAACAGGCAAUAAACUGCAUUUUGGGUACCAUGACUUAUGAACGUUUGGCCGGUCAUGGUCCAAAGCUUGGUCUUGUCACCAAGAAAGACCCUAUUGUGACCAGAUAUUUCACCUUUCCAUUCAAAGCUAUGUCUCUGUCUGAGGAAGAGGCUAUGAUGCACCAGCCUGAGAAAGCAUGUUACUUUUUGGCUCACAACGGCUGGGUCAUGGGUGAUGAUCCACUUCGAAACUUUGCUGGACCAGAUUCCAAUGUUUACGUUCGAAGAGAGUUAAUCUGCUGGGGAGACAGCGUUAAACUAAGAUACGGUGACAAACCAUCUGACUGUCCAUAUCUCUGGGAUCAUAUGAAGAGGUACACAGAAAUUACAGCCAAACAUUUCCAUGGAGUGCGCCUGGACAACUGCCACUCCACCCCCAUCCAUGUGGCAGAGUACUUGCUGGAUGUUGCUAGAAAAGUCCGCCCGGAUUUGUAUGUAGUGGCUGAACUAUUCACUGGAAGUGAAGAGCUGGACAAUGUGUUUGUCACUAGACUGGGCAUUAACUCACUUAUACGAGAGGCCAUGAGUGCAUAUAACAGCCAUGAAGAAGGCCGACUGGUGUAUCGCUUUGGUGGAGAGCCUGUAGGAUCAUUUGUCCAGCCCUCUCUUAGACCACUGGUUCCCAGUAUCGCUCAUGCGCUUUUUAUGGAUGUAACGCAUGACAAUGAAAGCCCAAUUGCGCAUCGAUCUGCCUACGAUUCACUGCCCAGUUCGGCCAUUGUUUCAAUGGCUUGCUGUGCUACCGGGAGCACCCGCUGUUAUGAUGAAUUGGUACCCCAUCAGAUCUCUGUGGUAUCUGAGGAAAGGUUUUAUACAAAAUGGAAUCCAAAGUUGAACACUCCCAAUCCCAGAGAUGUGAAUAGUCAAAGUGGGAUCAUUGCUGGAAAGAAAGCUCUGAACAAGCUUCACCAGGAGUUAGCAGCAUGUGGAUUUCUGCAGGUGUAUGUGGAUCAGGUGGAUGAGGAUAUAGUUGCUGUGACACGUCAUUGUCCACAUACACACCAGUCUGUGGUGGCAGUGUCCAGAACAGCCUUUAGAGACCCUAAAAUCUGUUUCUAUAGCAAGGAAGUCCCACAGAUGUGUAUCCCAGGAAAAAUAGAGGAAGUAAUUCUAGAAGCAAGAACAGUUGAGAGGAAAGCUGAGCCAUAUUGCAAAGAUGAGAAGUUCAUUAAUGGCCUGCCCCAAUAUACAGUGGAGAUAAGGGAGCACAUCCAGCUGAAAGAGAGCAAGAUUGUAAAACAAGCUGGUGUCACAACAAAAGGACCAAAUGAAUUUGUGCAGGAAAUAGAUUUUGAAAAUCUGACCCCUGGAAGUGUGAUUGUCUUCAGAGUAAGUUUGGACCCUAAAGCCCAAGAAUCAGUGGGCAUCCUGCGUAGUCACCUGAUUCAGUUUACACCACACUUCACCUCUGGAAGUUUGCCAGAUGACCAAGCUCAUCCUAUACUGAAGGUGCCUUUUGCAUCUAUUGCUGCAAAGCUGUCUCUAGCUGAUCUGAAUCAAAUACUGUACCGCUGUGAUGCAGAGGAACAGGAAGACGGGGGUGGCUGCUACAAUAUCCCAAAUUGGACCCCUCUGAAGUAUGCAGGUCUACAAGGUUUAAUAUCUGUAAUGAUGGACAUCAGACCAAAGAAUGAUCUUGGACAUCCCUUCUGUGACAAUCUGAGAUGUGGGGAUUGGAUGAUUGAUUAUGUCAGUAACCGUCUCAUUGCCCGUGGAGGGCCGUGUGCAGAAGUGGGCAAAUGGUUUGAGGCUAUGUUCUCCUAUUUGAAGCAGAUCCCACGUUAUCUCAUUCCAUGUUAUUUUGAUGCCAUCCUGGUGGGGGCAUACACAACCCUGCUAGACGCUGCAUGGAAACAGAUGUCCAGCUUUGUUCAGAAUGGAUCGACCCUCAUUAAACACUUGGCCCUUGGAUCCGUGCAGAUGUGUGGAGUGGGAAAGUUCCCUGCUUUACCUGUGCUAUCACCCGCUCUGCAAGAUGUCCCAUAUCGCCUUAACACUAUCACUCAGGAAAAGGAACAGUGCUGUCCUUCUUUAGCAGCUGGUCUCCCUCAUUUUUCUUCUGGAAUUUUCCGAUGCUGGGGAAGGGAUACAUUCAUAUCCCUGAGAGGAUUGUUGCUAGUCUCUGGACGCCACCUUGAAGCCAGGAACAUAAUCCUGGCAUUUGCAGGAACUCUGAGACAUGGGCUGAUCCCUAACCUCUUGGGCCAGGGAACAUUUGCUAGAUACAACUGUCGUGAUGCCGUGUGGUGGUGGUUGCAAUGUGUACAGGAUUACUGCUCCAUUGUUCCAAAUGGCUCCGCAAUCUUACAGUGCCCUGUGUCCAGGAUGUACCCCACAGAUGAUAGUAUCGCACAGCCUGCAGGACAAGUGGAUCAGCCAUUGUAUGAAGUUAUCCAGGAGGCUUUGCAGCACCAUGCCGGGGGGAUUAAUUUUCGGGAGAGGAAUGCUGGCCAACAGAUAGAUAGAAACAUGCGAGAUGAAGGCUUUAAUAUCGUUGCUGGAGUAGAUCCGGAAACUGGUUUUGUAUUUGGGGGAAACCGAUUAAAUUGUGGGACGUGGAUGGACAAAAUGGGGGAGAGUGAGAAAGCCCGAAAUAAAGGAAUCCCAGCAACUCCAAGAGAUGGCUCUGCUGUGGAAAUUGUUGGCCUUUGUAAAUCCACUGUGCGCUGGCUUAAGGAUCUGAGUGAAAAGAAGCUGUAUCCAUACAAAGGACUGACUGUGAAAAAGGAUGGUAAAGAAGUGACAAUGACUUUCUCUGAGUGGAACCAACGCAUCCAAGAUAAUUUUGAGAAGAAGUUCUUUGUAUCUGAAAAUAUUUCUGAUCCCAAUGAGCAGCGCCCUGACCUCGUCCAUAAGCGUGGUAUCUACAAAGACAGCUUUGGAGCUUCCAGCCCCUGGUGUGAUUACCAGCUCCGACCAAAUUUCCCUGUGGCCAUGGUUGUGGCCCCAGAACUGUUCACUCCUAAGAAUGCUUGGAAAGCUCUUGAGAUAGCAGAGAAAAAACUAAUGGGGCCACUGGGAAUGAAGACAUUGGACCCGGAUGACAUGGUUUAUUGUGGAGUGUAUGACAACGCUUUGGACAAUGACAAUUACAACCUCUCAAAGGGAUUUAAUUAUCACCAAGGGCCGGAAUGGCUGUGGCCCAUAGGAUAUUUCCUGCGUGCCAAGUUACAUUUUGCGAAACUGAUGGACCAGGAAUCCUACCAGAAAACUGUGGUUUUGGUGAAGAAUGUUCUGUCUCGCCAUUAUACACACUUGGAAAGAUCUUCUUGGAAAGGCCUCCCAGAACUAACCAAUGAGAAUGGUCAAUAUUGCCCCUUCAGCUGUGAAACUCAGGCUUGGUCAAUCUCUGUCAUUUUGGAGGUUCUGUAUGACUUGUAGAGCUUUAUCAUCUUGAAAUUGUCCUAUUUUGCUGAGUUGAAGAUACUCCAUCUUCAUGGUAUAAAGAAGCAGCGGAUUAGUAUUUGUCAUGGUAUCCCCCAAUGGGGAACUGUGUGAGCCACUUAUAUCAGUGUAAUGUGGUAAACAUUCCUACAGUGAUUUGUUUAUCACCAGUAAUGCCUAGGUACUAAACCAGAGCCCUCCUUCCACUGCUUCAUUUCAUUCAUUAGUACAACAUAGAUAUGCUCUUGCAGCUCUUCUCAACAGUUUUAGGAAACGUGUUAUUAAUAAAUAAUGCUGAUCUUUAUAAAUGUAAAUAUAUUCCUAGAUAUACUAAUUAUUUCAGUGAGCUGGGCAACAUUCUGGGUCACAAGAGUGCAGCCUGUCUGUACAUGGUAGAUACACAAUGGCACUCAGAAUGCUGCAAGUCUUAACCAGACAAGGCUUAAUGCUUCUGGUUUGUGAUCCCUGAUACAGUAUGUCACAGUGUCCGGAAUUAUAGGCAGGUUCUUUUUGCAAGUAAGAGAAUUGUGUUCCCUGUCAAUUUUUAGAAUGUAUAAGGAAAGGUGCAAUACUAGAAAUGCAACAAGUGAUAGCAGAGGCUUUGCCACACAGGCUUGUAAGUGGUGUGGCAUGAAAUCCAUUACAUAUAAAAUAUAUAAUACUGUCUUCCUAACCUUACCACUUUAGGUAGAAACUAUGAAGAGCUGCUUAUGUAUGCAUUGCUCCACUGUGUGAUUCAUUGAUGUGCAAUUGUGCUAGAAAAUUACUGUUAAAUAUCGUCUACUGUAUGUGCAAUAUCUUAAUAAAGUGUAUAACACACACUGUC